AUGCAGAGUAGUAUGGGCCGAAUUAGGGUAAACAAGCGCUUGCGUGUCUACCUCCCUCAGUGGAUGGGUAAUCUGAUCGACGAUACGGAGCCCGCAGAAGCCAUGAUCUCAUCAAACAAGUCGCUAGACGUAGUAGUUGAAGCCAACGGAGUUAUGGAUGGCAAUACAGAUGGUGCAGUGAUGCAGCACCUGCAGCCAUGUUCAGCUCUGCUAGCUCAGCACAAUCUUCUUGACCGAGUUGAUUCAGAUUGUGCGUGUUUCAUUGCAGAGCAAUAUAUGUUCUUGGGAGUGGUCAAUGAAUACCUGGGGCUGGGCCCUGUGGCCAACAUUGUUCAACCAACGGCCACUGUCACUUCUGACUUUAUGCAACUCCCCUAUCAAUCUUAUUAUCAUGGGCGAAGCUCAGGGUGUGGAUAUGCUUUGUUCGAGAUGGUUCCCCGGAUUGCCCUAUUUGCGACCAAACCAGGCAGGUCUUCUCCUCGGUAUCUUGACCCCGAGAUCAAGAAAGAAUUCGAUAUGUUAGAGGAAGAAAUAUUACUCUGGGAUAUUCCUACAUCAUUGAAUUCCACGACGGGGCCCGAUAAUGACGAGGUGACAGCAGCGCUCAUCCAACAAGUGGCAUUGCUUGUGACUCUCCAAUGCGCUUUGAAUGGCCCGGGGAUGCCCGCACCUUGCAUCCAGACCAAGAUCGAAGCUUGUGUCUGCGAAUCAAGGAAGCUCUUGAGGUCUAUAUCGCCAUCAAGUGCGGCAUGGGGAACCCUCCUGUGGCCCGCAAUCCAUAUCGGAUCGUGCAUUACAUCUCUGAAAGAGCAGAAUGAACUUGUUUCGGCGAUACUGAGUAUGGAAAACAAGACCCACUGUUGUACCAGGCUAAUGCAGUUCCUAUCAAGCUUAUGGGUGGCCUUGCGUGACGACGGAAUGUAUUAUGGCCCUUAUGGAAUCCGGCCACUCAUGGACAGAGAGGGGAUCAAACUCAGCUUAGGGUGA